AUGGCAGAGUUGCUCUCGAAAGCGUUUUAUGCGGAUGAUUUAUUAACGGGGGAGAGUAGCGUUUCGAAGGCGUUUAAAAUUUACGAAAGAUCAAAGGAGAUCAUGGCGAAGGGCGGGUUCAACUUGAAGAAGUGGAGUUCUAGUUCCUCGGAGGUUUUAGAAAAAAUCGAGCAAGUCGAGUCAAAGCGGGAAACAGAGCAUGUAGUUUCUCGGGAAGACGAUGAGUCUUAUGCGAAGUCGACGACAAGUCAAGGAACAGCUAUGUCAAGUAACAUCGUGAAAUUACCAGGAGUUCGUUGGAAUACUAGCACGGACACGAUUUUCUUUGAUUUCGUUGAGUUGCAAAAUUAUGCAAAUUCGCUACCUAUCACUAAGCGUUCGUUGUUAUCUCUGGUCGCCAAGAUCUUUGAUCCGCUACGUUUGAUCUCUCCGUUUACAGUGACGUUGAAGAUACUGUUUCAAAUUGCUUGUUUUGAUAAAGUAGAUUGGGAUCAGGAAUUAGUCGGCGAACGGAAACUGAAGUUUUUAGCUUUACGAAGUGAGAUUAUUCAAUUGAAUUCAAUUCGAAUUCCUGGAUAUUAUUUCUGCAAGGACACAAAUACGAUUACGGUAGAGCUGCAUGGUUUUAGUGACGCGUCGAAGAAUGCGUAUGCUGCUGUAAUGUAUUUCAGGUCCAUUUACAGUGAUGGUCGAGUACAAAUUACCUUGGUCACAGCGAAAACCCGAGUUGCUCCAACUAAGCAGCAAAGUAUUCUGCGAUUGGAGUUGAUAGGAGCGCUGAUCCUAGCACGAUCAACUAGGAAGAUAAGAGAUAUCAUAGGAGAAGUCGAUACCACUUACUGGGUGGAUUCAACGGUGGCGUUGUGUUGGAUCAAGAACGAUCGUUGUUGGAAACAGUAUAUUCGAAACAGAGUCGCAGAGAUUCGUAGUUUAACUCUUAAGGAUUCGUGGCGGUUUUGCCCUGGAACAGAAAAUCCCGCUGAUCUUCCAGCUCGUAGGCUCGAAGCGAAAGAAUUAGCGACUAGCGAAACUUGGUGGAGAGGUCCGGACUUUCUCCACCAUUCCCCGGCGACAUGGCCAAGCGAUAUGACAGCACAAGAACACCUUGGCGACAAAUGA